UAGACGUGACGUUAUUUUCCGGCGAGGCGAGUUAGUUUAGUUAGCUUUCCGGCGAGGCGACGGUUUAAACAGUUUUCUAAGCUAGCUCGCUCUAUAGUCUAUAUAAUCCCCACAUUAGUCCAAUCUUUCCUUCCAAAAAAAAAACCCUCCCAAAAACUUUACCCGCAAAUAUGAAUUCUCUGGAACACUUCGUAAUCACCUCCGUCAUUACGUCUUUCUUUCACAUGCUGGCUCGAGACGAUCAACUCAAAGUCUCCGCUGACAUAAUUCUCGCUGGAUCUCUGUUCUUGGUGGCGUUGUGGACCUGCGGCUCAACCGAUGGCUCCCAUCAUGUUUUCACCUUCGUCCACCUGGUCUGCCUUGGAUUUUCAGCCGUACAGUUCGGCAUGGUGAUCUACCAUAAGAAAUUUAACUUGUUCUGGUCGAUUGGAUCGUUUUUUGUCAUUCUUGUGUGGGCGAUUUCGAUGGUGUUCGAAUCGCAUCCCGAUUUGUUGAUGAUGGUGCCUCUUCGGAUGUCGCGUGCGUGGAAUGCAGCUGCGGCAUUCUUCAAAGCCCUAAAAGCUGUUGCGUGCUCCGGAGCUUCUGCCGCUGAAGGGAAUGCCGAUCAAAGAGGAGGAGAUAAGGAAAAGUUGAAGCCGCGAAUUUCUUACGAAUUUCAACGUUCUUAUUCAGAAGCGCUACGUUGAUAGGCUCUGUUUUUGUACUACUGAUGGGACUUGUGUACUGCUUAGCAGUCAUUUUCUGUUGACAAUGGACUCUGGAUAAUGGUUUUACCGAGUGACUGUGAAUGUGUACUAUUGGACAUUGGACUAUUGGUGUUUACUGCUAUUUUUGUUUUUUGUUGACAUUUGACUAUGGACACUGCUAUUCGAAUGUUAAUGCAUUGAACUAGUUUUUGACACUGCCAUUAUACUGCUGCUUUAAUUUUUUUUUAGAUGUUGCUUUGUGGAGUAUAUUAUACUCCUAUUAUUCAACUUUCUUGUAAUCAGAUCUAUACAAAUCAGAAAGAAGUGAGGAUUACCAAGCCAUGGUGGCACAACUUGAACAUCAGUAUCGUCUUGGAAAACUUUCAGUUCAAGGACUAUGGUUCUAUUGCCAGCCAAUGUUGGGAGCAAUGCAAGCUUUAACCAUAGUGAUUAAGAAGGCUUCAGCCAGUAAUUUUAUUGGCUCUGCAGUUCUUAACCUCCUACAAAGCCAGGCCAAGGCAAUGGCUGGUGAUCAUGUAGUGAGGUCUUUGCUGGAAAAGAUGUCACAAAGUGCAAGCCAAGCAUAUCUCGUAAUAUUAGAGAGGUGGGUAUAUGAAGGAGUAAUUGAUGACCCAUAUGGGGAAUUUUUUAUUGCUGAGAACAAGUCUCUUCAAAAGGAAAGUCUCACGCAAGAUUAUUAUACGAAGUAUUGGCAACAACGCUACCGCUUGAAAGAUGAUAUCCCCAGUUUCCUUGCCAUGAGAGAAUGUGGGCAUUGUAUUCAGGUUCCUGUAGCAGAAAACACAAAGUUGACAAUGGUUGGGUCUAAUCAUCACUACCUUGAGUGCAUUAAAGCUGCUUAUGUUUUCGCUAGUGUUGAAUUACUGAACCUCAUUAAAGAUAAGUAUGACUUGAAGGGAAAGUGGAUGUCAAUCAAGCAUUAUCUCCUUCUCGAUCAGGGUGAUUUUUUGGUCCACUUUAUGGAUAUAGCUCGGGAGGAACUCAUGAAAAAGCCAGAUGAAAUUUCUGUUGAAAAGCUGCAGUCUCUCAUGGACCUUGCAUUGCGAUCCACAGCAGCUGUGGCAGAUCCAUAUCACGAAGAUUUGACAUGUAGUGUGGAAAAGACAACUUUUGAUUGAACUUAAAGAUCUUCAGAUCAACCAGAUUAUUUCCGGCAAUGAUGAUCUCGAAGAGCCUUUGAGCAUUACAGGAUUGGAAACAUUUUAUUUUUUGUGGUUCAAUGGCCGUUAUCACUUGUGAUCUCAAAAAAGGCUUUGACCAAAUAUCAGUUAAUAUUUCGGUGUCUUGGUGCUGCAUGGCAGAGUUGCAUCAAGGUCUGCGAAGACUUGAUAAGCAAGUCAUCGCCGGAAUAUCUGACAUUAUCUGACAUUUGAGGCAGGUUCUCGAACCAAAUUGGCAUAUCAUGGACAAUUCUUUUAUUGUUCUGGGUUUAGGGUUACCAUAGAAUAGGAAUGAUUUAGUUACCUUGUACUAACGAUUGUAAUGAGAAUUAUCAUCAAGCUUUACCCCAAAUUCCUUCUUUAGCCGUUUGUCAUAGCUGCGAUCGCAAGCACAACCCAAAAUCUAACCAUUAUUAAGAUAGGAGAGUUUCUUAUGUAAAUAUAUAUACUACUACUAUUUUAUGAUAUAGUUGUAGUAAUUCUUUCCUAUUCCAAGUCAAUUAAUUAUUUACUUA